UAAGGUAAAGGUGGAUUCUGUGCUCUGUGGUUGUUGUUGGGCGGAACUAAUGUGCGCGACGCUGUUUCCGGCGGGGCUGUUUUUCCGGCAGCGCGUGACUGAGUCAAACAUGUCGAGUUCCUACAAAAACAGGAUCCAGGAGUUUAAGGCAGCUCUGAGCGACCAGAAGAUUGAUCUCAAGGCUUUGCGUGAGCUCUGCUUCAGCGGGGUCCCGUGUGAAGGAGGCAUCCGCGCGCUCUGCUGGAAGAUCCUGCUGAAUUACCUGCCGCUGGAUCAGUCAUUAUGGGAGGCGUUCCUGAAGAAACAGAGGGAUCUGUACGCUCAGUUUUUGCGAGAGAUGAUCAUCCAGCCGGGAAUCGCCAAGGCAAACCUGGGAGUGUCUCGAGACGUGACGCUGGAGGAUCACCCUCUGAAUCCGAACCCGGACAGUCAGUGGAACACCUACUUCAAAGACAACGAAGUUCUGCUGCAGAUCGAUAAAGACGUCAGACGGCUGUACCCAGACAUGGCGUUCUUCCAGCGGCCCACAGACUUCCCCUGCCAGCUCAUCCUGGACCCCGAGAACGAGUACGAGACGUUACGGAGACGCGUGGAGCAGACGACUCUCAAAGCCCAGACGGUGAACCGGAACCGCAGCGGCGUCACUAACUGCUGCGAUGGACAGACUCAGGUGAGUUCUCCGGGGAAGGCGUUAAACCUGUAUCCCUCUAACGAGUACGAGGUGUUACCGAACGGCUGUGAAGCGCACUGGGAAGUGGUCGAGCGGAUUCUCUUUGUCUACGCCAAACUCAACCCGGGCAUCGCUUACGUUCAGGGCAUGAAUGAGAUCGUGGGUCCCAUUUACUACACCUUCGCCACAGACCCCAGCAGCCAGUGGAAGGAGCACGCGGAGGCCGACACGUUCUUCUGCUUCACCAGCCUGAUGUCCGAGAACAGAGAUAACUUCAUCAAAAGCCUGGACGACUCUCAGUGCGGCAUCACCUUCAAGAUGGAGAGCGUCUUCUCCAAACUCAAGGAGAAGGACACGGAGCUGUACCUGAAGCUGCAAGAGCAGAACAUCAAGCCGCAGUACUUCACCUUCCGCUGGCUGACGCUGCUGCUCUCUCAGGAGUUCCUGCUUCCAGACGUCAUCCGGAUCUGGGAUUCGCUCUUCUCGGAUCAGGAGCGGUUCGAGUUCCUCAUCCCUGUGUGCUGCGCCAUGCUCACGUAA